AUGGGUCGUAAAGGCUGUACCGGUGUCAUCUUGGCGUUAUCGCUUUUAGCAAAUGUGUUCUGCCUACCGCCUCCUUUAUUACGGGUGAAGAGACAACUUGAUUCUGAUAAUGAAAUCGUAAAACGAGAUUCAGUAAGUCCAAGUACUGUGAACUUAGAUUUACCUCCACCGGUGCCUUACAACAAUGAUGAUGAUGAUGACGACUUCAAUAUUCCUGACAAAUACCCAUCAAGCAAUGGUGGGAGCAACAUCGUUAGCUUGCUUAAACUAGCUACAGGUCUUCUUUCAGGAUCUAGCGGUUCAAGCAAAUUAUUACUGAGACUUAUCAAAGAAAUCGUUAACCGCAAUAAACCGUCGAUUAUUCUUGAACGCAAAGAUUUAUCUGGUAAUGAAAUCAACAUAGAUUACAAACCUGAUUUCAAGCCACCACCAUUUGAAAAGCAGAGAGAUGGUAACGGAAAUGACAGUUCCAGUAGUGAUUCAAACGAAUCUGAGAAUGUCGCAGCUGAAGAGAGUUUAGAGGAUGAUAGUAAUGAUUCAGGACGAGAUUCCGAUUCAAACGUUGAUGACAGUGAUGAUGACAAUAACAGCGAUUAUGAUGAGCCGCCAGGUGGUGGAGAUGGUCAGGGUGGUGGCAUUUUAGGUCUGCUGGCAGGUUUAAGUGGUGGUGAAGAUGGUCAGUCAGAUUUGGGGUCACUUCUAGCAACGAUAGGUGGGAUAGUGGCUAAUCUAAGCGGCGAUGGCAUUGAUUUAAACGCUCUGAUUGCGUCUGGAAUAGGACUGUUUGUUGGAUUAUUGUCUGAAGGUGAAGAAAAUCCAGGAGAAAUAUUAGCAAGCUAUCUUUUAACGUCAUUAGACACAAUCACAGGAGGCGGGGCGAAAAAUAAUGGUGCAGUCUUUGGAAAAUUUCUGUCGAAAUUAGUAAAGGGUACUAGUGCUGCAGGGGAUCCAGACGCAAGUUCCGAAGAGGCGAACAAUAACAUGAAGAUGGCAGAUUCUGCUGGAUUUUUCCUAAGUUUAAUUACAUCUCUUCUAGGAGACAUGUCGAAAAGUAGCUCCGGCUCUAACUCAUGGCGGAGAAAUUUUAAUGAUUAAUUUUAGUUGUUGUAUUUUUAGGCAAUUGGUGAAGAUGAAUAAAACACUACUUAAUUCUGGUGUAAAUAAUAUAAUUAAACUUGUACAGAAA